AUGUCGGUGACGUUUGAGGACGUGGCCAUCUACUUCUCCCCCGAGGAGUGGGCAGAGCUGGCGGGCUGGCAGCGGCGACUGUACCGGGAGGUGAUGCUGGAGAACUACCAGGCGGUCGCCUCUCUGGUGUGGGAGAGGGUGCUUCUGUCUCUGCCCCGGACAAGCUGGCUCACCAUCAAGCCAGAGAUCAUCCGCAAGAUGGAGCGGGAAAAGAUGCCUCGCAUGCCAGACCCCCCAGGGUGCAGCAGAGCAGUGGGUGACCCCGUGACAGAGAGGGAGACUGAGGGGGUCCCGGAAGGGCUGCUGGCACCCACCACCCUGCUCCCAGGGAUGCCCAUGCCGGGUGGGAGCUGGGAGCUCCCAUCGGGGUGCCCCUGUUUCCACCUGCUCUCGGCCCCCCUGCCUCUGGAGAAGACCCCUGCCAUGUGCCCCAAGUGUUGCAAGAGCUUCAAGAGCCAGACAGCACUGGCCAUGCAUGAGCAGAGUCACUCAGGUGAGCGGCCCUUCAGCUGCCACCAGUGUGGGAAGGAUUUCCCCUCCAACGGGGACCUCAAGUGCCACCAGAAGACCCACGCGGAGAAGUUGGACCCCCCCCACUCCAGUGUCAUACCUGUCACCCUGGAUAAGCUUAUGCCAGCUGGGCUCCGUAGCAGCUCCCCGGCCCCUGAGAGGCCCCAUGCUGGUUCUGAGUGUGGGAAGACCUUUGCCAAGAGCUGCUACCUGGAGAACAAUGAGCAGACGCACACAGCGGUGUGGCCCUUCUCCUGCCCACAGUGCGGCCAGCACUUUCAGCUGAAGCAGAUUCUGUUGUUGCACCAGAAGAAAGUGCAUGGCGGAGAAAAGCCCUUCAGCUGCACUGACUGUGGCAUGCGCUUCACCCAGAAGUAUCAUCGCAUCCAUUCCACGGAGCGCCCCUUCACUUGUGCUCACUGCCCCAAGUCUUUCAAGGACAAGAACACCCUCGUUGGCCACCAGCGGGUCCACACCGGGGAACGCCCCUUCACCUGCGUCUGCUGCCCUAUGGCCUUCAGGUACAAGAAGACACUCAUCAUCCACCAGCGCAUCCACACUGGGGAGCGCCCCUUCACCUGCACCUGGUGCCCCAAGACUUUCAGGUACAAAUGGGCCCUCACUGUUCACCAGAGGGUCCACACUGGCGAGAAGCCCUUCUCCUGUACCAAGUGUGGCAAGAGCUUCAAGAGUAGCCCGGAGCUGGCCAUGCACAACAAGAGCCACAUGGGCGAGCGGCCCUUCAGCUGCACCAACUGUGGCAACCACUGUGGCCACCGCUUCAAUCACAAGGGCGACCUGGUCACCCACCAGCGCAUUCACACUGGGGAGCGCCCCUUUGCCUGCACCCACUGCCCCAAGACCUUCAGGGCCAAGAAAACCCUCACCAUCCACCAACGGGUCCACACUGGCGAGAAGCCCUUCUCCUGCACUGAGUGUGGCAAGAGCUUCAAAUCCAAGAGAACACUCAUCACCCACCAGCGCAUCCACACUGGGGAGCGCCCCUUUGUCUGCCCCGAGUGCCCCAAGGCCUUCAGGGACAAGGGGACCCUCAGUAACCACCAGCGGAUCCACACUGGCAAGGAGCCUGGCAGGUGCAGUGAGGGCAGGAAGAUCUGCAGUCAGAAGCAGCACCUGAAGGGCCACCAGUGGGUGCAGCAGGGCCCACCGGCAGUGCCAGAGGGCAGCUGGUGGGAUGGGGGUUGCCCAUCCUUGGCAGGGGGGCAGGCUGAGGCCAAGCCCUUCCAGUGCGGUGGCUGCAAGGAGCAGUUUUGGGACGAGAGGAUCAUGCUGGGUCACCAGGUCAGAAGCAGCACCUGA